AUGAGGGGAGGGUUUUCAAGAAAGUUUCUGAUUUUUAUGUUUUUUCGAGUUUUGGACAACCUCAAAGGCGAACAAAGCGUAAGAGGGGUUCCAAUCUCCGCAGCCUUUACGCUUUCGUAUGCAACUUGUCUAUAG